AUGGGAGGAUCUGGGACCGGGUCUGAGAAAUCCCUAAGGGAUGCGCGGCAGCGGAAAGACAGGGGGAAAGCUGCCGCGGAGGCUGCAUCAUGGGGGGACGGCGGCGGGGGGAAGGGGACGGGGGAAGCACGCGCAGGGAAAGGCGGAGGCGGGGAGUUGGUCGCAACGGGGGAGCUGGGCGCAAGUGGAAGCGGAAGCGGAAGCGGAGGGGGGAAUGAAUUGAGGGAUGGUGCAGAGGGCGGGAGGGGUGACGCAUCCUCGCAUGGUCCUGACGAACAUGCUGAUGACGAAGGGAGUGAGGGAGGGAGUGAGGGAGGGAGCGAGGGAGGGAGUGAGGGAGAUGAGGAGGAUGAGGAGGAUGAGGAGGAGGAUGAGGAGGAGGACGAUGAUUUUGACGAUGAUGACGAUUACAGUACCACAGACACGAGCACAGGGUCAGACUAUUCAGAGGAUGAGGACGAAGAGGGAGAGGAAGAGGAGGAUGAGGAAUCUUCUAUCGUCGCCCAGGCCAAGGCGCAACGUGCCGAAGCUGAGCGCCUAGCCGCCGAGGCUGCAGCGGAGGCUCGGGCGCGCGAUCGGGAAGGUUCGGCGGUGCGGGUGGCUCGGGCUGCUGUGGUGGAGAGGAGUCAACUGGUGGGGGUGCUGGAAGGGGAGAGGAGGGAGGCGGAGGGGAGGAUGAGAGAAGCGGCAGAGCAGCACAGGAAGAAGGCAGAGGAGCUGAGAGCGCAAGUGAAGAGGGGAUUUGAGGCGGUGACAGCAGAGAGCCAAUUGCACGCCGCCACGCGCAAGGAGCGGGCGGCGCGGGAGGCGCACUACGAGACGGAUGCGGCAAGUGGCAUGGCAGCACUGGCCGCCGCCCAGAGAGCUCUGGAGGAGAAGGUUGAGCUGCUGGCUUCUGAUUGGUCCACAGUGCACCGGCUGACAGAGGAGAUAGAGCAACUGGAGCAGCAGGUGCAACGGGCAGAGGCCGAGGCAGAGGGAGCGGGAGCAGCAGAGGAAGGGGCAGAGGUGGGGAGGGGGGAAAAGGGGAGAGAGGCGGAGGGAGCAGCUGCGGAUGUAGGGGGCGCAGCAGCAGCAGAAGGAGCAGCGGGCAGGCACGGGGCAGCAGAGGGAGCAGAGGGAGCAGGAUUGGGAGGAGAUGCAGGAGGAGGGAGUGAUGGUGGGGCAGCGUCUGUCGGUUUGUUGGAGGGGACUUUGCGGCAGCGAAGGAAGGAGGUGAGAGGGGUGCGAGUGAGAAUUGCAGGGGGAGGGAGUGGCGGUGGGGCAGCAUCUGUCGGGCUGCUGGGGGGAACUCUGCAACAGAUAAGGAAGGAGGUCGCCUUGCUGCGUCAGCAGCUGGAGGAUGCUGAGUCAGCAGCCGCCCAGCAGCAGGCAGAAUCUGAGGUGGAAUCAAAUCUCUUGUCAAGGCUACAGCAGUUAACGGAGCGGCUUAUACUGAAGCAACAGCAAGUAGAGUCCCUACAGAUCGAAAAGUCAACCCUCUCCCUCCGCAUCGAGACGGAAUCCGCCGCCCUGCAAAAGGACAAACACCGCCUGUCCACCUUCUUCAGAAGCGGACGAAACCCUGCGUCGGCGGCUGUCACUGUGCGAUUCCUCGCCAGUACCCCGGGCCCACUUGCUGCUGACCUGGCAGCUGCUGCGUCAGCAGCGGAAGCAAGGGCUCUAGAGGAGGGAGGGGAGGAGGUAAUAGAGGGGGAUCCGGGGUUUUCAAGAGAAGCCAUCUUGAACCGAUCAAGAAAAUUGACUUUGGCUCAGAGGGAUUUUGGGCUCGGGCCGACGGGGAAUGCGAUUGUGGUGGGAGUGGUGGACACGGUUUUGGGAUUUGAUUCGCUUUUCUUGGGGAGUGCGGCCGGCAUGUUGCGGACUAAUGUGGUCGCACGGACGAUCACCGCCAUGCCGCCCCCGUUACUCGCCGCCAACGUCUACAUUUCCCUCGCGCGCUGCGCGUCUCUCCUCCAAACUCUCGCCUCCUCUCUCGCCGCCUCCCGCGCGCCAACCAGAAUCCUCCACGUGUUCGAAGACGAGCCGUACGCGCGAACGGGUGUGACAUUAGCGGGGCCUGCGCGGGAUCUGGAACGGACGGUGAUCCUGCUUUCGGGCCGCGCGAUCGAGACCGUUGAUCUGAGUCGCCACGUUGGCAGCCACCCGUGCAUCGGCGCGGUGGACCACGUGGCACUCCGGCCGCUGCUCCGUGCUGAGCUGGCAGACGCUGCCACGUCAGCGAGAAACGUCGGGCGGAGUCUGGGGCAGCAUCACGGAGUUCCCGUGCAUCUGUACGGCGCUGCGAGCCCCACCAACCGCCCUCUGGAUGCCAUUCGCCGCGACCUGGGAUACUUCCGACCGCCCGCAGCGCGUUUAGAGACGCCUGAAUAG